CUCCGACUAGCCUGCCACCCACAACAACGCAAGUCAGGUAUUGCUCGAUCCAUUUUCUUCACCAGGCUUCUGAAAACACUCGCGAAGACUGGAACAUCUAAAUUUGGCCCGUGGCCUCAGCGUACUUUACCCCGUGGAAAGCGGAUGCCUUCGAGUUUGUCACUUGGCGGGAAUUUUCUCUUGACACGCGCGCUUGACCCGAGUCGUCAGUGCUUCUGAUUGGUGGAAAAGGGAAGAAAUGCCACAGAUGUUUUGGGAGAAAAAAUUACUGGUGUGUCUGCUUGGGGUCGUGAAUAGGUCGCGUGUUUGAGUGACAGCGUGUCGCGUGUGGCGGUCUGAAGUAGACCUACGUCGGGUUAUGCCGGAGCCUCCCGCCUGAGGUGUCCAGACCCACGAUGCGUCCGAGUCCCCCUGGUCCCCCUUCCCCGCGCACAGGCACAGCCCUUGGCACAGGACGGGGCCAGCGGGGCCGAGGCGCGAGGCCUAAGUGCCUGCUGCUGGCAGGGGCACAAGUCCUGCGGCGAGGGCCCUGCUCGCCCUGCUCCGACUGCGCCUGGUGCGGGUCCCCUAUGUGGGGGUCGGCGGGCAGGCGCGCCUAAACCCGGUACGGCAUUUUGUGAUCAUCUCGGUGGGAGCCCCACCAGAAGCUACCAGCCCCCCUGCCAUCCCGCGCGCCCCGCCCGCGCCCGCGCCCUCCCCGCCACCCCGGCCGCUUGCUAGGGGGACGGGGCACGGGACUGUCCUGUCCGUGCCUGGCUGGGCCUUGGCCUUUGUGAGCAGGACCCCGAUUUCGGGUCUCGGACUCGCGACACCAUGGCAUCGGCCUCAUCUUCGACACCAGGCCCUACGGCCCCGCCGCCCAAGACCUACGGGCAGCCCACAGUCCAGCAGAUCAAAACGGCCGAGGUCCCGAGGAGGCUGCAGGAGGGGGAGGAGUUCAUCAAGUGGGACGAGAGCAGUGGAGUGGGCACUCCUGUCGUUCUACGAGUUGAUGAAAAUGGCUUCUUCCUGUAUUGGGCAGACCAAACCACAAAGGAGGUUCUCGACACGCUUGAUAUAUCUUUAAUAAGGGAUGCAAGAACUGGCAAAUAUGCAAAAAUUCCCAAGGAUAUUAAAAUUCGUGGAAAAGUGGAAAGUGGGAUAAAAGUUGAAAGUAGUAAAGCUGAGACACCAGAUAAACCUGACUCCAAGCAGUCAGACAAGAAUGCAUCAUCCUCAAGCCGACCAGACUCAAAGCAGUCGGACAAGAGUUCAUCUUCUGGGAGGGAUUCAAAACAGUCAGAUAAAAGUGUAUCAACGCCUUCGGAUUCUACACCUGGUAGUAAAGGAGAUGCUGAAGAAAAUGUAACGGACAAGAUACCUUCUCUCUGUCUUGAAGACUGUACUGUCACAAUUUGCCAUGGAAGUGACUUUGUCAAUCUGACAUUUAUAAAUUUUUACACAACUAAGAAAGAAAGUGCCCAGUUAUGGACAGAUGAAUUAACCAAGUUGAUAUUCAGUCUAUCACUUCUUAAUGGCUCCGCAAUAAGAUUCUUAAUGAAAGUGCAUACUAAGCUUUGCCUUCAGGUGGAGAAAACUGGUAACAUUCCUGUCAAAAGUAUUGUGAAGAUGUUUGCCCAAAAUAAGGAGGAUAAGAAGAGAGUGGAGGAAGCUCUACAAUCUAUAUAUGGCCCCGAUGUUACUAAAGAAAAGGCUUCUGUUGUGAACUCAGCCCAGUUUACCUUUGAAGAUCACUUUUAUCCUCUCUACAAGAAAUUGGUGCAACGCUCGGAGGUUCAAAAAAUAUAUGAUAGCUUGUGUAAUCCAGCCACUAAGAUGAUUGGCGUUAAUGAAUUUAUGCAGUUCUUGAAUGGAACUCAAAGAGAUCCUCGUUUGAAUGAAAUUCUUCAUCCUUAUGCAAAAACACACAAUGUAGAGGCUCUCAUUGAGCAGUAUGAAAGGAAAAAAGAAAAUGGAAGCAAACAUCAACUAAGCUUUGAUGGAUUUCUAAGGUUUCUUAUGAGCGAUGAUAAUCCUAUCAUUGCUCCUUCUAAACUAGAAAUUAGCAACCCAGAGAUUAUGGAGCACCCUCUAGCUCACUAUUUCAUAAAUUCAAGCCACAACACUUACUUGACUGGUCACCAGAUCACUGGAAAAUCAUCAGUUGAAAUUUACCGCCAGUGCUUACUUGCUGGAUGUCGAUGUGUUGAACUGGACUUUUGGAACGGUCCAAAAGAUGAGCCAUGUAUUGUUCACGGUUAUACAUUUGUGCCAGAAGUGUCAGCAAAGGAAGUGAUUGAAGCAAUUGCUGAGUGUGCCUUUAAAACAUCAGAGUAUCCAGUCAUCCUCUCAUUUGAAAACCAUUGUAACCGUAAGCAACAAUCAAAAAUUGCUGAAUACUGCAGGGAAAUUUUCGGAGACAUGCUGUUGGAUGCUCCAUUAGAUUCUUAUGGCUUGAAAGGUGAAUCUCUGCCCCCUCCCAGUCUUUUGAAAAGGAAGAUAAUCAUUAAAAAUAAGAAAAAGAAGAAAGGUGAAACUUCCUCAGGAUCAUCUGACGCAGAGGCAAGUCCAACAGUGGAAACUGUUCCUGUACCUGCUCCAGCUGACUCUACUGUUACUGAGACUGCACAAUCUGAAAGUGCCUCAACUGCAGCAGAAUUGCCUGGAGAAGGAACUGUGUCAGAAGUUCCAGUGGCAGAGAAACAGGACUUAACAGAUAAAGAUGUUAGUGGUGUUGAAUUGAAAACUCAAGAUGAUGGUGAUGAAGAAACUGUCAAUGAGGGUGAAAGCUCUGAUGUAAAUGAAGCUCAGUCAGAAGAAUUUCAAACAUCUGAUGCAACUGUUAAUGCACCCAUUCCUCCAGAUAAAGGGGGCACCCCUGAACAAACCCCAAAAUCUGAUAUCUUAGACAGUGUCACAUCACCCAAAGCCAACAAAGCUAGCAAUGGUGAUGUGGCUCAGGUUCGAGCAGCCGCGAAAAGAAGACAACCCAGUGGUGAUGAUGAUGAUGACAGUAGUAGUGACGAUGAAGCUGGCAAAACUGACAAAGACAAGGCAUCAAAGACUAAAGAAACUGAAGCAGGAGAAGAACUUUCAGCUCUUGUAAACUAUGUUCAGCCAGUACAUUUUGUUUCUUUUGAGAAAGCACAAGAAAAGAAGCGAUUCUAUGAGAUGUCUUCUUUUGAUGAGAAACAAGCCAUAAGUCUUCUCAGAGAAUACCCUACUGAGUUUGUAAACUACAACAAACGUCAACUUAGCAGAGUUUAUCCAGCUGGAAUUAGAUUUGACUCUUCUAAUUUCAUGCCGCAGCUCUUUUGGAAUGCAGGUUGUCAACUGGUUGCUCUGAACUAUCAAACUCUUGAUCUAGGGAUGCAGUACAACCUUGGCAUGUUUGAGUACAAUCAAAGGUGUGGGUACCUAUUAAAGCCAGAGUUCUUCCGAAGAGAGGACCGUCAAAUUGACAUUUUUGAGGAUUCUAGCAUUGAUGGAAUAAUAGCAGGCACUGUGAAAAUUACUGUAUUAUCAGGACAAUUUCUUUCUGAUAAACGUGUUGGAACCUAUGUUGAAGUUCAUAUGUAUGGGCUUCCGGCUGAUUCGUUGCGAAAGAAAUUCAGAACACGAGUUGUUCCCAACAAUGGUAUUAAUCCAGUAUAUAACAAGGAAGAAGAGAAAGACAAAUCUUUUGAUUGCAACAUUAUUGUCUUACCUGAACUUGCUUCCAUACGUAUUGCUGCAUAUGAGGAAUCUGGAUCAGGAAAAUUUAUUGGGCACAGAAUAUUGCCUCUGGUUGGAUUGUGUCCGGGAUACCGCCAUGUGACGUUGCGUAAUGAAGCAGGACAGCCAUUGUUGGCAACUUUGUUCCUUUUUAUCAGCGUUAACGACUUUGUCCCGGACGAGUUUCACAUGUUUGCCGAAGCUCUCACUAAUCCCACUGAAUAUCAAAACAAGCUACAAAAACACAACACUAUGCUUGCUGGUCUCACAGAAGACAUGGACGAGAUGGACAAUGAUUCAUUUGGGGGACCAGGUGGAAAGGGUCGUCAUGGUGCUCAUAAUGGGGACGGCAGUAAGGCACUCUGUGAUCGCUCUAUGUCAGAUGCUGAUGACACAGUGUCUGGAAUGAUUGCACCUCCUAAAUUGACAAAAGGUGUACCAGGCUCAUUUGCUGGGCUCCUUGGACAAGCAGGUGUUGCAGCAAGUUCAGCCGCUGCCGGCGCAGCAGCUGGAGCGAGUGCAGCUGCCAGUAUUACUGCUAAGCGACACUCCAUUGCACCAGGGGCUCAGUCUUCUAGUGCACCAGCAGUUGUGCGUUCCACUAGUGGAGAAAUUUCUGGCAUGCAGGAGCCAGGAAAAUUAAGUCUUUUAGAAGAGGUCAAGAAAGAGCUGAAUGUUGAAACCCUUGAAGAGCUUAUGAAAAGCAAAGCUGUUAGAGAGAAGAGGCAAGAGAUGGAUAAGAAGCUUGAGGCCUUGAGAAAAAAGCAUGAAAAAGAAAGAAGUAGGCUACAAAUUCAACGUGGUUCGCAAGACACUGAAAAGCCAAAACCCAAGUUUUACAUGAGUAACAAACUUGUGAAGAGGUUGUCCAGACAAAAUAUCUCGUCUGGGACGUCAGAAGCAUCAACUCCACAUGAAGGAGAUGAUGCUGAUACCGAAGGUGCUCUAAAUGAACGAUUUCUAUCUGUUAUUCGAGAACAGCUUCAACAAGAAAAAGAUCUUCAAAAGAAAUAUCAUGAAAUGGUGUUUACAACUUUAACUAAAACAGUAGAGUCAUCACAGUCAAAUCAAAUGAAAACUCUAAAAGCAUUACAAGAUCGAGAUACUGCAGAAAUGAUGCGCAAAUUAGAGGCUACUCGAAGAAAAGAAAUGAAAGAGCUAGUGAAGAAACACAAGGAUAGAGAGGAAAUGGAGAAGAUGAAAAAAGAAUUGACCAGUAAUGCUGUUGAGCGAGGUGUUAGUGAACGUGUACGUUUAGAAGAAAUGUACGAACACAAGAAAAAGGAACUAGAGGAGAAAUAUCUGGCAGUACGAUCAUCCCUCGAUGUGGAAAAAAAGAAGAUUGACUUAACUCUUCAAAAAGAAAUGGAUGAGCGUCUAUCGGGUAUUAAGAGAGAAGUGCAAAUUAGAGAGAUGCAAAUUGCAUCUUCAAGUGAUACCCAAAAUAUAGAUUGAAAAUUUGUAUCUGGUUGGUGCUAUGAGGCUAUUGAUGAACAAAAAGUGUCACAAGUGGGUUUUGAAAUCCACUUGUCGGAUUAGGAUAAUCAGUAUUACAAGGCCUACUUGUAGUCUACGUUCCGAAUGCAGUAGUCGGACGUUUUUCUUAAAACCUGAUUUCUUUCUCUUUAAGAACAUUACUAUUGUGUGUUUUGUGUGUUCUGAACUAUGAUUAUUACUGUAUGUUUAAACCUGAAUUUAAAAUUCUGUCUCCUUGAAACUUAAGUAACAUGGAGACUCUUAUAGAAGUGAUAUUGAUGCGUUUAUAUUUUGAAUCUUACCGUAAUUGUGACCUGAUAUGUUAUUGUUUAUUUUCUUGAAAUGUAAGUCGUGGACGACUAUAUGUAUCUGAUUGCACAAAAUUAUUGAACAGCUUGUUUUGAUGAUUGAAGCCAGAUGUAGGAACAAAUCAUGUAGUGGGCCUGUAACCCGUUCACAAUGUUGUGUUAAAAUUUUCAUUCUUUUGUCAAAUUACUAGUCUCCUGUAGACAAAAGUCUGAUAACUUAAAUAGGCAGGUUUUUAUUUUGUGACAUUUAAUCAUUAAUGUUUAAAAGUAUUUAAGCUUUGUCUCCCAACAUCUGGCUUAUUGGUUGAAAGUUGGAAAGUAAUCAUGUAAUGAGUGAUAUUUGUCUGGAAAUUAAGCAUCAUGUAUUCCCCAUAUUUUUACUAUUGGGGAUACACACUGUGAGUGCAUUGAAAGGUAAAUUCCAUGAGUUACAACAGAGUGGAUUGUGUAUUUUCGUUGGUGUUAAGUUUUGUGGUGCUCAAAGUAAGAUACUAUAAACCAUACUGGGCUUGUCAGAGGGAAAUAUUAGUACAAGCACUGACUUUGGAGCAUAAUGUUUCAAUGAAUCUUACGCUUAUAAUCCCCCUGUAAUUUUAUGUGGGGUAUUACCAUUAGUUAUUUAAUUUUUACUAAUAAUGUCUUCGUGGUAGUAUUGAACCGAUACCCCAGUUCAUUUUUAAGAGACUAUGACACAUACUUUAUUGUCUUUGGCAUAACUACUACUUUGAGCUCGAGGUUUAGUUAUAUUGUUUGGUUUGACAAUGAUAUUGAAUGAUAUGUUCGUGUAAGUACUUUAAGUCAGUUAUUUCUUUUGGAAUCGUUCUUGAUCUCUAUCUUAAUGUAACUGUUUCUUGCUGUCCCUAUGUAGAAAGUACUCUUUGUACUGAACAUUUCCACUCUUUCCUUGUACCUCAAAAAUUCCAUCAGGUGUGUAUUUUGCGAGCCAUGGUUGUGAGUGUGAGCCAUUGCAUGAAAAGGUGGUAUCGGUUUGUGUUCACAUGUGACUUAAAAAUACAUGUUCUAAAAUACAUGUUGACUUAAUCAGAAUUGUAGCUGAAUGUGAGGCAGAUCUUACUGUUGUUGUUUUUAUUAUUCUUCAAAGAUGUGCCCAUCAGGUACAGGGUAGAACUGGUUCGGUGGUAUUUGUGCAAGGUGUAGUUUCUUCUCAACUUUAAUACUUGUUGGAUAUCCCACUAAUUCCGAUCUAUCCAAGAAUGGUGCUAUUGUGGUCACCCAUGACCACUUGACAGUUCAACGAACAAGUAACUCUAUUCUGUGCAAAAGGAGUACUUUUGGUGACUGUCUUAGGCAAAUUGAAUGGGGGAAAUUUCAAGGAAGUCCAUUCAUAGAGCUUUUCCCUGAAGAAUGUCAUGUAAUGUGCCGUUGAACUAACUAUUGUUAGUUUAAGAUAAAACAAUGUAGCAGAGCAAAGCCAAAUCAUUGAAAUUUUAAAUCAACAAGCAUCUAUGUGUGACUUUCUUGAUAUUUCUUCUAGCUCCACUGAUAAUGUGAUUCAUAUGUUCUGUAGCUGUUAGCUACUGCAUGAAUUAACAUUAAUCAGGACAAAUAAAUUAAUUGAAUUUGUAAAUAUAUUUGCUGGGAUGUUGAACAGUGUGUACUUAAGGAACUAUUUUACUUAAGUGUUGUGAAUAGUUUGCCAUUUUGGGAAGAAAGCGAGGUAGUUUUUAUUUCCAUACAUGUUUGUAAAAUUUCUUUACCAGUGGCAAUACAAGUCUUUGAGGUCAAAAUAAUGAUAGCUAGUCAUAAUAUUUUUCCUCUGUAGGGUGUUUAAUCCCAUGUAACUUUAAGCUGGUGACGAACAAAUAUUUAUGAUUAUGGAAAUGAACACCACUGUUUUAACUUACGCCACCUAAGAUUUUAAGUGCACUUCUUUGUAGUUCAAGUACUGUUAUGAGCUGAGUUGAAAAAUGUGAGCAAAAGUUAUUGUUAUCUUGCCUUGUUGCAUUUGUUUUGUUUGUACUUCAAAUUUACAAUAAUUUUGUAGAAUUAUUCUUGUUUUUGUUUUUUUGAAAUUAGGUUUUGUGUUAUGGAGCCAGUUUGCAUCUUUUUAAUUUUCAAUGGUGUGACUUGCCCUUAUUGAGCUUUCAUGGAAUGCAUUUACAUAUACAGUUCAUGUUAGCUUGCCUGUACCUAGUCUAUUGCAUCUUUCAAUUCAGUAUUAAAAUUGUGUUAAUUUUAUGUAAUCAAUUGCUCCAUAUGUGAAAAGUGGUGAAUCCAUAAUUCUAAUAUUUUCCAAGUUUUCCCUAAUUUAAUUUUUUUUUUCAAUUUUGUUUGGGGUGAAUGUGUGUAUCAAUGAACCAGUGAGAUUUGGUAGUUUUUAGUAAUGAAGACUCUGCGCAACUUUCUUGCAUUGUAGAUAUAUCAGUAGGGAGAUGAGUUGUCUCUCGACCGAAGCUCAUCGAUCUCCAAGGAUUCAACCCUGAGAUGCUUUGUCAUUACUGUUUCGCGUUUUGAUAUGAGUAUGUCAAAUAUUCACUUGAACAUCAUUACACCCCACAAAUUUUGAUCAUGUAUGCCAAAAAUUGUCUCUACUUUUUAGGAGGUGUUAUUGUUCUCUCUUUUGUACUUGUUGAUUUUGUUCAUUAAUUACUACUUCUCUGAAUGACAAUUGUUGAAUUGUGAGAUUUUAUUGCAGAAUCUUGUACAUCCAAUGACAUAUUGGCUUUUUUAAUCUUAUUUAUUUCUGUUACAGUGGGAAGCUUUAAAAAUUGUUAAGUUGGAAAGUGAUGACAAAUAUUUUUAUUCUUACGUUUAAAAAUUAAUAAUACCCUUUUUGACAGUAUUUCACUGAAUCCAACUUUUUCAAUAUUUUAUACUUCCCCUCAGUGAUUAUGAAGUGAUACUCAGGAGAAUAUUUGGAUUGUUAUUUCUUGUUAUAUUGAUAACUUUUUACUAUUUACUGGCAGUUUGAUUUAAUCAUCACUUAUGCUUAGUUGGCCAGACCAGAUUGAAGAAUGGUUGGUAUGAGUUGAGGGGAGGGGCUUGAUAUCUGUAAAGUUUGUGUUCUUACAAGACUGUUUAACAUUGCAUUUGAUUCAAUCUGUUAAUUUAUCAUAAACCUCAGUCUUUACCACUCAUUUCUUUUUAUUAUUUUUGAAAAAUGUUUUAAGGGCUUUGUUUCAAGCAAGCUCGCUGAAAUGAGUGUUAUUUUAAUGCAUAUACUGUGGUCUAAGGUGGUUGUGCUGGAGGUAACAGAAUGUAGAUCAUGUAGAUUGGCUGUAGAUUGCUUGUAUCAAGGACCUUGUAAGUUGUUGGUAAAAUUUUUGGUAUUUGUUAGCCAGACAAUCAAUUGUUUAUGUGUAAAUUAAAGAUAUUCGUUGUGGAGUUAUUCAUGUGCAUGAAACCAAUACAAAAAGUGUGUUACUAAUUUAUUGCAAGUAAGGUUGCUGAUUCACUAACCGGAUUGUUUUGAAGAAUAUCCCUUAACUGGGUACUUUUCUUGUUGCAAUGAUAAUUCAUGUGUCAUUUUGAAUUUCCAAGGCAAUACUAAAACUAUGUGUAAAUUGUAGCAAAUUUUGUGGUUUGAGAAACAUUUAUCCUAAUCUUGAUGCAAAUUUGGCAAAUUUAGAGUGACUUGCAGUAUUUUCUCAUACUUCGCCACUCAAGAGCUCUUUUACUUGGAGAGCAGCCUUAAUUAAUCCUAUGUGAAAUGAAAAAAAAUUGUUAGUGGCUCUGACUGCCGUCUUGAGUGGAGUCUUUCUGGUGUUUACACUACAGUACUUCCCUAUCAAAACUUUAACCUUUAGUGUGGUUUAUAGACUGGGCAAAAGUGGAUGGUGACUCAAAAGCCGCUUUCUGAAAUAUCGUGUUCUUGUUACGCUCAUAGGACUGUGUGUUCUCCUUACUUGUAGUUUUAGGUAAGAGUAUGUGGUGUAGGGCCUAGUCACUCUCCGUUAAGGGCUAUUCCAUUGUUUCUACCAUACUUUUGAUUCUACCAUGAUGCUCAGCUCCCUCUAUCUAUGACUUUCAUGCAAUUAUUACUGUACUGUACACAAAUGUUUUCAUCUUUUUCAUUUUCUUGGCCACAGCUUUUAUUUUCCACAAAGAAUAUCUUUUGCUAAGCCAUUGCUUAUUGGCAAAAAUAUUUAUAGCACACAACCUUAUCCCUUCAAUACUAAAGAAACGGCCUACUUCCCUUCCCUCCCAUUUAUCUGAACUAUAUUCAUUUAUUUUUCUUCUUAAAGCACUCUCUCUAACUCCAAGGUCUCUUCCCAGCGGUUAGUAGAUGUCUCAACAAUGUGUUCUAGUGUUGGUCGAUUCCCAUGUACCUCUCGUUUCCUCAAAGUUUUGUGUUACUAUUGUACUAAUCACAUUAUUGGAACAUUAAGGCAUUAGUACCAGUACACAUACCAGAAAAUCUUGUCCAAGCCAGAUCUUGUUCUUGGCAAGUAUAUUUUUGUGAUGCCAGAGCAAUUGCUAUUGCUACAAGACUGCUGCAUUUCUCAUGGAGACCUUGGGUGUUGUGAAUUUUGUGAUCUUAAUUUCUAAUCUAAUUAUUUUUUAAGAUGUUAUGUUAUAAAUGCUCAUGACUGUAUAUUUUUAUUCAACAGGAAUUCUUUGCAAUUGUUUUGGUGAUUUCAUGCAAUUAUGCCGCUUGUAUGCUACAAAUCAGUUUGUACCUUUCUUGAUUUUACUGGUAAUUUUUUGUAGGCUUUCCUACAUUCUGUUGCUCAAAAUGUAUGGGGAAGAGAAAAGCAUUGCUGUUUCUUUUCGGAAAUAUUCAAAGGAUUCAUGGUGAAUAGCAGUACGUGAACUUCUGCAACAUUAUGAGGAAAUGUAAUGUUAUGCAACCUUACUCAAGUUAAAACAACUUCUCAAUCCAGUGAAAAUUUCAUUUCAGAAACUAUGUUACCAUUUCUUGACGAGCAAGAACAGGUAAUGUGAAUGUGUAGUUGUACAGUACGGUACGAGGCAUACACAUAUAAUCCAAAUUCCAUAAGGUUGUGAACAUUUAUGAUUACGCUGUAUCUAGAAAACAUUUUUCAAUUGAAGCCAAUCCCUGCCUCUUAGCAUGUUUUUAGAUGUGUAUUGUUAUUUCCAAAUUAUAUUUCUUUACCUUACAUUAGCAAUAUGAUCUUCCAUUAUAGAGCUUCCUAUUUUUCGAGUUUGAUUACUUUGGUGCUGAUUCAAGGCUUCCAUAUUCAAUAGUAAAGUUCAUCAAAAUUUUGCAUUUGAAGUGAUUCUUUCCUGUGAAUUGUUCUUUCCUUUGAAUUGUAAUGAUAUAUUUGUUUAUUCCCCGAGGAGAGCGGAGGUACGAUGCAAGGACAUAAUAAUUAGGCGUGUAUCUUGUUACCACUCUCUGGUCAUCAAACAUGGAAAAGUUAGCCAAAUCAUCACCUGUAAUGCUUACCUUUAUUCUAUUGUUGCCAUACACAGCCCAGGUUUCCUUCAGAAAUUCUCAACAGCUUGGCUAAACGGUUUUCAAUGAGGUACAUUUGUCACUCUUUCAUAUCCUUUGGCAUACAUGUUAUACUUUUUGUGCUGUGGCUAAAUCCUUUACAUCAUUAAUUUUCCCAUCUGUGAAAACAUCUGGAACGACUCUUAUUGUGAUAAACUGAGCAUUUGGUAUUAUAUUAUGGGUAUACUUUAGAAUUUUGUAUCCGUGUUAUCAAUGCUGAUUAUUGUAGCAAUUAACCAUGUUUUUGUUUGGUAACAGUUGAUACAUCAUAACAGCUUUUAGUAUGGUGAAAGCUUGUAUUAGGAUCUAGAAUAGUUUUCUUGAUGGAAGGGAGGGGGAUAGCGCACAAAUUACAUUGAGUGUGUUUUCGUUUUGAUCAACCACGCUUCAAACCUUUUCAAAAACAUUGCCAAGUUCUUGCUUGUUUGGUUUAUUUGGUGUUUGCUCAAGCUUAUUCUUUCCUUUUUUUCUUUUUCUCGAUUCCUUUGUUCUGGCCCCUGCGUUGAAAAGAUUCUUGAUAUUUGUGAUUGGAAAAUGAAGAUUAAUUGUAGUCUGAUUGAUCUUGUCAGCUUGGACAAUACCCAAAACUUUUCCUCCUAUUUUUAAAAUUGUUGUGACCAAGACUUCAUCCUAAAUUUCUCUCUUGCACUUUGUUUUUUCCUAUUUCCUCUCUUCAAUCUGCAAUUAUCUGAGGGAAACUUUCCUAGUGGUAAACAUCUUUGUAUGGAUUCUAGUGAAUUCCGAAUGAACCAAACAAUUUUUAUUAAUUCCAGUGAAAGAACCAUUCUGUUUUAUGUUGUAAUAGCCAAGUUCUAUGCUAAGCCAAUGAUUUAAUCUUUAUUUAAGGAGAGUGUAUGAAUAUGUAGAGUAAAUGCAGUGGUAUAUAAUGCUGAAGACAUUAAAAAUAUGUAAGUGAAGAAGUCAUAGAUUUAGGGAUCAGUAAUAUUUAAAUGCAAUCUGAAUUGUGGAUGUCUUAAAUUAGGAUUUUUGAGAGGGUGUGCUAAGCAUGCUGUGUAGAAAUGUAAGAUUUGGCAAAAUGUAAGAAUGAUCACAGGAUAUUUGUGAUAAAAUUUACUGUGCAGAGUGUAGUGCAACAUUGGAAGUAUUGCAUUUAAUGUGGAUCAAUGCAGUUGGUAUUGGUUUUGCAGUAGGGUGAAACAUUCAGCAAUGAGUGUGAUAUAUCAAACUCCUUUUUUUUUUUUUUUUAACUUUACAAGGAAAGUCACAGGAUUUUAAAAUGAAAACAAAUCAGAGGAUUCAUAUCCAUUUUUUCUGAUUUCCGAUUUCUGAAGAAACUAAUCACAGGAUUUUUAAGUAUACCUUACAAGGGGUAGUUUUUCUAUAUAUAACUUAUUGCAUUUCUAUUCUUUCUAAUAAAAUGUGUCUGAUCACAGGAUUUUUUGGAAACAAAUCACAGGACUUGUUAAUGACUAAUUGUCGCGAUUGUUUGAAAAUAUUUAUACAGUAUUCUCAUACCAAUAGCUGGAUUGGUGUGAUUUUGUUUGUUUUAAAAAGGAGACAACUAUACAUUCACUGGAUUAGAAUCAAACUUUGUGACUUCUAGGUAAGAUACCAAGUUGUAUUUAGAUUCUUUUAUUGUUUUGUUAGUUCUAUGUUGUGCCCACAUUCCCAUGGUAAUGACUUUGGAAGACUUUGUUACUUGAUUAUUGUGUGAUAUAAAAUUAUUUGCAGCUUUCCCUGUGUUGUGUACUGCUGUUAGAGGCAGAUUCAGCUCUGUAACAGUUGGUUAGUUGCAAGCAAUAAAACGCUCAUGUGGAGCUCAUGAAA